UCUCGCGAUAAAGGUUUAUUGUCUCGCGGGACCGCGGCUGGCAGACGGGCUCUUGGGCGGCUCUGGCCGGGGAAGAGGAGUCGCAUGUGUCGUUUCAGCUGGCGGUAGUGGCGGGCGCGGAGGCGGCGGAGGCUGUGCGACCGCCUGGGUUUUGAAAUGGCUGCUGACAUUUCUGAAUCCGGUGGGCAUGAUUGCAAAGGAGACCCGAGGAGCAAUACCAAGUUAGACGCAGAUUACCCACUUCGAGUCCUUUACUGCGGAGUCUGUUCAUUACCAACAGAGUACUGUGAAUAUAUGCCUGAUGUUGCUAAAUGUAGACAAUGGUUAGAGAAGAAUUUUCCAAAUGAGUUUGCAAAACUUACCGUAGAAAAUUCACCCAAACAAGAAGCUGGAAUUAGUGAGGGUCAAGGAACAGCAGGGGAAGAGGAAGAGAAGAAAAAACAAAAGAGAGGUGGAAGGGGUCAGAUAAAACAAAAAAAGAAGACUGUACCACAAAAGGUUACGAUAGCCAAAAUUCCCAGAGCGAAGAAGAAAUAUGUAACACGAGUGUGUGGCCUUGCAACUUUUGAAAUCGAUCUUAAAGAAGCACAAAGGUUUUUUGCUCAGAAAUUCUCCUGUGGUGCCUCAGUAACAGGGGAGGAUGAAAUCAUCAUUCAGGGAGACUUUACAGAUGACAUAAUUGAUGUCAUUCAGGAAAAAUGGCCAGAAGUGGAUGAUGAUAGCAUUGAAGAUCUUGGAGAAGUGAAGAAGUGAUUUUGAAAAUUUGUCUGUAUUUAAAGAUCUGAACUGAUUGUUGAUAUGGCCAAAGGGAGAGAGGCCUUUUAAAAUAUAUAUAUAUAUAUAUUUAUCCUACAGUAAAACUGUAGCCUGCCCUCACCCUUGGCAUUUUCACUGUUCUGUACAGGGCUGCUUGUUUUUUUUUGUUGUUGUUGCCAAAGUCUGAUAAACAGGAGAGACUGUCAUGCUUAUGCAUGAAAUAGAAUUUAGUCAAAUAAAAAAUUUUGGUCAUUUGGUACUGACUUUUCUCUUUCUUUUUAACUUUUUAUUUUUGGAAAAAUUAGACUUUCUGUGGAAAGCUUUUCUGUUGAUUAUUUUUAAAUAAUCAUGAUUUCAUCAAAUCAUGAUUUUUUUUUUUUUUUUUUUUUUUUGGUUGUUAAGCUGAGUGACACUUUGAAGAAUUUGAAUUUGGCUUCAUCACCAGUAAUAACUGUCUCCUUGCUUCUUUGGUGUGAUAGUUUUGAGAUGCUUGAGCAUCUCAUGGAUCUGUGGUUGAAUUUGCUUCACUGUCACCAGCCAAGUUCACUUUGUGGGCCUGUUAACACUGUUGGUAAUAGUUGAUCAAGCUGUUCUGGAGCUUAUUUGGUAAAGUAUAUUAAAAGCCUUAAAACCA